AUUUUUAUUUUUUUUCCUUUUCCAACUAAAUCCCCAAAUUAAUAAUCUGCCUCAAAAUUUCCAACUGAAACCCUAACUGGCGAUGGGUGAAAUCCCCGCCAUCGCCGCCUCUCAUCAUCCUUCCAAUGAGAUUCAAACCAUUGGUGCUCCACCUCAUACGACGUCGUAGCCCGAACGUGGAGACAUUGUUUCCUCUCUUCAAUCCUUUCAUGGCUUCCCAAACCCAACCCCUCUGCUCGCAAACGCUUCCAGCAGAUGGCGACAAAAGUAGCAACGACGACGUUCUAUGCUCCGCCGAAAAUACUGUUCCUCUCUCCGAGCUCGAAGCAGUUUCUCUUGGCCGUCCGAACGGGUAUCUAACCGGGGAGGUCCGCAUCGAGAUGGCCUGGGCCCACUGGAACAAGUUGGGUCGGCCCAAACUCAUCGUUGCCCCCAUGGUCGACAACUCCGAACUGCCUUUCCGGAUGCUUUGCCGUAAGUACGGCGCUCAGGCGGCUUACACGCCCAUGCUGCAUGCCAGGAUUUUCAGCGAGAACGAAAAAUACAGGUCCCAGGAAUUCACCACAUGUAAGGAGGAUAGGCCGCUGUUUGUGCAAUUCUGUGCAAAUGAUCCGGACAUCUUGCUGGAGGCAGCACGCAGAGUUGAGCCAUUCUGCGACUACGUGGACAUUAAUUUAGGGUGUCCUCAGCGUAUAGCAAGAAGAGGCAACUAUGGUGCUUUUCUCAUGGACAACCUCCCUCUCGUCAAAUCCCUAGUCGAGAAACUCGCGCACAACCUAAACGUGCCCGUCUCAUGCAAAAUCAGGAUCUUUCCAAAUCUCGAGGACACCAUCAAAUACGCCAAAAUGCUCGAGGACGCUGGCUGCUCUCUCCUGGCCGUGCACGGACGAACACGGGACGAAAAAGACGGAAAGAAAUUCCGUGCCAGCUGGCAAGCUAUAAAAGCCGUUCGUGAUGCCUUAAAAAUCCCCGUCCUGGCCAAUGGCAAUGUGCGCCACCUGGCAGACGCAUACCAAUGUCUGGAGGAGACUGGCUGUGAAGGGGUUCUCUCGGCAGAGUCGUUACUCGAGAAUCCUGCUUUGUUCGCGGGCUUUCGGACUGGAGAGUGGGUUUCAGGUGAGGGGUUUAAAAACGGGGAUUUGGAUUUGGCGGAUUUAGCAGUUGAAUACUUGAGGUUUUGCGAGGUGUACUCAGUCCCGUGGAGGAUGGUGAGGUCUCACGUGCACAAGAUGUUGGGAGAGUGGUUUAGGGUUUGCCCGGAGGUUAGGGACGAGCUUAAUUCACAGUCGAAGCUCACGUUUGAGUUUCUUUACGAGUUGGUCGAGAAGCUUAGGGGGCUUGGGGUGAGGAUUCCUCUGUGUGUGAAGGAUAGUGGAAGUGAAUGGGUAGAUUGUCAUGUAGCAUCUGCAAAAUAUGCUUCUGACACUGAAAUUGGGAAACGUCCAUUAGAGAUUAGCCAAGAUUCUGUGUGGGACGAUGUCGAUCGGAUCUGUUCGGAGGAGGAGGAGCCGGAUCUUUCAUUGGCCCGAGUUGCUAUUUGCUGCUUCUUGUCGCCGGUGGCCGGUGACCGGAACAGGCGCGACGGCGAAGGAAGGCUUUCGGGCCUGAAGCAGCCCGAAAAGCAAUCCUGCCAUGAUCUCACCUUCUUCUUAACUGCCAUUGUUUAUGAGAUUAAUUUGAAGUGGUUUGAGAAGGUUUUCGCUAGAAGGUUUAAUAUGGGAAAAAAAACAGGCCUGAAUUUGCCACCCGCUGGGAAGAGUCACGCGUCAGUGGAGAAGGAUGAAGACGAUUGA